GAUAGAAAAAAGAAAAACAGGAAGACAUUCGACAAGAUGGAUUGACACCGUGGUUGCAACAGUGGACUGUAUCCUCAGAGGACAGUGAGGAUGGCUAUCAUUCUGUACGUAGUACAUGGGUCGUGAGUCCACACCACCCAACAACCACCACCACAACACAACAACGACGUCUUUCCCAAUUCACUAUCACGGACUCCAUUCUGACUCACGGAGACCCCAAAGAACAGAGUAGAACUUCCCCUGUGGAUUUCCGAAGCUGCAAGUCAGUGUGUCCCAAAGUGGGCAAUUGCACCCCCUAGACUAGAACGAUCCAGGGGCGCUGCCACGGCAGGCACCUACCUUUAUCCCAGGAGCCUGGCUGCUGUAGUGGGUGACUCGUUGAGCGCUCAACCACGAGUUCAACAGUUUGCAUUCAGGCGUUACUCAGAAGGACGAGAGAUUCUCCUAUAAAGAAUUACCGUCUCCGGGAACCCACAGAAGCAGGUACCCCCUGUCCUAUGGGGUCACUCUGAGUCAGAAUCGACUUGAUGGCAGUGAGUUCAGUUCAAACUUUAUCCUGAAUGACGGCCGGCCUAUAGUCCCAAAGUUUUUCAUUGCCAGGGUGGGUGCUAAUUUUUUUUCCCUGAAAAGGGGACGACAGGCUUCUUAAGUUUAGAGACUUCCGUAAAUCUUAACGGGAGCAGAUAGUCAUAUGUGGAGAUGACUGGUGGGUUCAAACCGGCCACCUUUUGCUUAGCAGCUCAGUGUGUUGUAACCCCAUCAUGCCACCAGUGCCCUUCGCCCGAGGUUCCACCCAUGUUUGAAUGAGAGGAUUCCGAAGAUGAGAUUUGGGACUGGGGAACUGAUUUAAGACCUUUGGAGGCAAGGGCGUAAAUUUUGGGAAGGGCCAAGGGUGGAAUGUUAUGGGUUGAAUUAUCCUCCCCCAAAUGUGUGUUGUAAAUCUUCCACUCAAUGCCCAGAGGAUAUGAUCCUUGGGGAAGCAGUUAAAGAGGCAGCAGGAUACACAUUCACUGAGGGUGUGUCCAGACACAAUCUCUUUUGAGAUAUAAAAAGACUGCACAGAAGCAGCCUAUGAAGGCUGAGCCUUUCUUAACAGCAGGCUCUCGGAGUCAGGACUUCCAGGCUCUUAAGCUGUGAGAAGAGGAGCCCUGGUGGUGUAGUGGUUACAAAUUUGGGUUGCGGUCUGUAUGGUUGGCAGUUCAAAAUCCCUAGCAGCUCUGUGGAAGAAAGGCAGGGCUUUCUACUCUGGUAUUGUAAUCCACAGGGGGUCAACCAUAGGAGUCAGCAUUGACCUGAUAGUUGUGAGUGAGAAACUGUGAGGAAAAUCAAUUUCAAAGUCAUCCCCUGCUGUGAUAGUGUCACUAAAGAAGUCAGACAUAUCUCUAAAGGUGGACCAUACUUGCUAUAGUACUUGUUGCUAGGUGUCAUGAGGGGGUUCCAGCCCAUAGCGACCCUGUGCACAACAGAACAAAACACUGCCUGGUCCGGCAACAUCCUCGCAGUUAUUCCUAGGAGAUCAUUGUUGCAGCCAUCGUAUCAAUCCAUCUCGUCGAGGGUUGUCCUCUUUUUUUGCGGCUCCUCUGCUUACACGUGAACAUGUGUUCAGGUGUGUUCUAUACAGGUGUAGCUCCAUGCAGGUGUGGACCGUACUGGUGGUGGGGUUUUUUCUCACUCAGGACUCCCCAUCUGGGUCUGCCUCCGGCAGGAGCAUUUAUGCACAGGUGCUUACCUGUCCCAUGUGUCACUUGUGCCGUCCUGAGGUGUGUUCGCAAUACAGGUGUGACGGCCCUCUGCGGACCCACGACAGGAGGGGGUGGGGUGGGAGCUGGGUUACAGGUGCGUCCGGGCCGAGGCCCCGCCCCUGGUCCGGCCCCGCCCCCUCACCAGGCUCAGGUGCAUAAUCCGGAAGUGCGCUAGACUCUCAGGUGAGUGACUAAACUUUCCGGGUCACGUGAGCGGGCGGAGCCGCUUGGAGACGUCCGGAGCGAGCGAGCUAGCGACAGACAGAUACACCGAGGGUUCGAGCGUGGGACUCAGACAAGAACCGUGUGAAGUGGGAGACGCCCGGGCCAGGUAGGCAGGUGCCCGGCGGCGGGGGACCCCCCGCCCCCCCGCAUCCCCCGGACCGAGAUGCGGUAGGAGCGGCGCGCGCCAAGCAGCUCUGUCCCCGGCGCCACCCACCUGUCGCCCAGCCCAUGGCGAGCCCCGGCCUGGGACUGCUCCUGGUGCUCGGCCUGCCGUUGCUGCCGGGCCCCUGGGACCAGGUUUGGGGACAAACCUCCACCCCACCACUGGACCCCAGAGAAAAUGAGAACGGUACCUCGACAACCACUAGUCCUGGCACCGAGGGAGGCUUGUCCCAGGAGGCCCUCACAGCCAUCAUUGUGGUCUUCUCCCUCCUGGGUGCCUUGCUCCUGGCCGUGGGGCUGGCGCUGCUUGUGCGGAAGCUUCGGGAGAAGCGGCAGACAGAGGGCACCUACCGACCUAGCAGCGAGGAGCAGUGCUCCCACGCAGCUGAGGCCCGGCCCCCCCAGGACGCGAAGGACACGGUGCGGGGUUGCCUGCCCAUCUAGGUCCCCCUCCACCCCCCUCCUCCCAGCUGUGUGACUGCAGGGAAAAAGCACAUCUCUCCCUGGGCACACAGACCCCCUCAGUCCCCAGCCCCGGUAAACUAUAGAAAAGGAUGAAGGUGCUUUAAACACUGCCCCUGGGGGUCAGGGCAGCCAGAGUCUUUUUCCUGUCCCCUUUUUAUAACAUUGGUAGUGAUGUCAUUGUAAUUAUAAUAAUAAAACCAAACAAGAAAGCCAAA